GCUGACAGUUGAUGUCGUACCUGGAAUUUCUCGGACUGCUGCGGGCGGCCAUUUUCUCCCGCAAUGGUCCACUUGUGGCUUCGUCGAUCUCGUAUCUGCUCCAGCCAGAAGUGCUCCAGAAAAAGGCCGACUACCACACUUUUCUCGUCUCGAUGCCGCCCGCUAGCAUGCUCCAAAUACCGGACACGGACCUGCAAGCCAGCUGGGCCGACCUCGUAAAGGCGUACGUGCUCGUGGUGAAAGCUUUUCUGGUCGACUCCGACCUGGAAGCCGCCAUUGAGCAGGCCAUCAACAUGGUCCUGUCUCUGGUGCGAAUCGCGCAAAAAGAGGACGGCUGGAUCUGUGUGCCGCUCAUGACGGCCACAUCCGAGCUGCGCCAGCUCGGAUGCAUGUACUGGAACAUGAAGAAGGGCGAAAUAACCCUGAAAAACGAUACCGUGCCGCUCGACGAAAGACUCGUGGACGUGCUGCAAAAACCGUUCAAAACGUGUCUCACAGACAAGUCCGACACGCUUGCGCGGUCCAAGAAACAGUACGUGUAUUUUUUCGCCAACGAGGUGCUGCGCUGCUACUUCAAAUUCGCCAAGUACGAGGCUGCCUCCAAUUUGUCUAAGGUGCUCAGCAAGGCGCCGAAUCUGCCCGCGCUGGACCGUUCGCCGAAAUCUCACCUGGUCAAUUUCCACUACUACAACGGCCUCGUGUGCUGUAUGAACGACGAUCUCGUCGCCGUCAACAAACACAUGACUGCUGCGCUAACUCACUGUCCCAAGGAAAGCAUCAAACAUCAGCAGCUCAUACUUGUUGUACUGCUGCCAAUCAAGUUCCUCAUUGAAAAGAGACUGCCGGCAGCCGGACUUUGGGCCCAGUAUCCGCAAUUGCAGGUUUUCUACAACCUUUUCCACAGUCUCAAGGCGGGCGAUCUGGCCGGCUUCGACGAGGAGUUGGGCAUGCUGCAGGGCCUGCUGCUCAGAAAAAGGCUGUACUCCAUAUACCUGCGGCUGCGGCCCUUUAUUGAGCUGCGGCUGGCCCGCAAGGUUUUCGCGGUGACGCAGAGCCACCAGCUCAAACUCGUGGACCUGCAACGGGGGCUCGAGCUGAGCGCGGGCCGGCCGUACGCGCUGGACGAGGUCGAGAGCAGGCUGGCAAACCUGAUCGCCCAGGGCCUCGUCAAGGGCUACAUCUCGCACGGCAACAAAGUGGCCGUGCUAAGCAAGAAGGAGCCGUUUCCAAAACUGGUUACCCGGACGUAGAGCCGAGGUGCAGCCAAAAACCAGAUUUUAAAUAUCUGUAAAAUACAAUAAAUGAC